AAUAUCAUGAGAGUCUAUUCUCAUGCCAGUGAGGCCCUAUUUCACAUUCAAAAUUUACCUGCCCACCAGACCCACGAUGAAUGAGCCAUGAAUCAAACUAAAAUGCAGCUUUACCCUCCCAAGUCACCAAGGAGAAGGUGACUGUUAGAGUCUUCACCACCCAAGGGGACAUGCUGGGCUGUGCAACCUGAGACUAACACAGACACGGCCUAAGGCACAAGUCACGUGACAGCUCCCUUGGAGGAAGCUGAAGCAGGAGAGGCACAGAAGAGGUGAUUCGGGAAGAGCUGAAGUGAGGAGUCCUAACACAUCAGGAAAAGGAAGCAAUGUUUCCAGCCAUCUUGAAAAGGUUAACCAGGAAAACAAACUUGGCUAAUUUGAUAAUGGCCCGUUAAUUAGGACAAACAACGACAAGGAAAGAGCACUGCAUGUGAUGACAGCAGCCCUCAGCAGGGUAUAAAAGGGGCCCUGGGGCAAGCAGACUUCCAAACCUUCCAAACUCACCUUCCUAAUCCACCUUCCUGGAAACUCACUCAGAACCUCCACCCUCUGCCACCAUGGUCAACUCGUGUAGUGGAUCUGUCUGCUCCGACCAGGGCUGUGGCCAAGGCUGCGGCCAGGAGACCUGCUGCCGCCCCAGCUGCUGCCAGACCACCUGCUGCAGGACCACCUGCUGCCGCCCCAGCUGCUGUGGCUCCUGCUGUGGCUCCAGCUGCUGCCGCCCCAUCUGCUGCCAGACCACCUGCUGCCGCCCCAGCUGCUGUGUCUGCUGCCGCCCCAGCUGCUGCCAGACUACCUGCUGCAGAACCACCUGCUGCCGCCCUAGCUGCUGUGGCUCCUGCUGUGGUUCCAGCUGCUGCCGUCCCUCUUGCUGUGUGUCUAGCUGCUGCCCGACCACCUGCUGCCAGACCACCUGCUGCCGUCCCACCUGCUGCCCAACCACCUGCUGCCAGACCACCUGCUGCCGUCCCACCUGCUGCCCGACCACCUGCUGCCAGACCACCUGCUGCCGCCCUGUCUGCUCUAGUGGUUCUUGCUGCUGA